AGGGAGGCUCGCUUGCCGCGUUGUGAGGCGCUGUGUUACAUGCCCACCCAAAAGCUUGCGAAAUAAGCCACUUUUCCAUCUAUUCUGCUCAGCGGCUUUUCUCUUCCCGCAAUGGAGACCUUCAAGGACCUCCUGCCACUAUAUCCUCAAGUUCUGUACAGCGCUACGGCGUUCGUGGCCGGUGGCGCGCUCAUCUACAAGCUUGCUAACAGGAAAAAGCCACUGAAUGUUACAGUGAACUGCUGGUUCUGCAAUCAGGACACAGUAGUUCCAUAUGGCAAUAGGAAUUGUUGGGACUGUCCCAGCUGUGACCAGUACAAUGGUUUUCAGGACAAUGGGGAUUACAACAAGCCCAUUCCAGCGCAGUACACGGAGGAUCUGAACCACGGGGUGUUUGGCAGCAUUCCUACGCAGGUGACUCUUGGUACCAUGCAAUGGGUCAACUCCAAGAUGCUCAUUUGCAGGAAGUGCAAUCACAACCAAUCCACUAAGAUCAAGCUGCUGGCCUCUUUCAUACCAAAGGAUGAUGGGAACUAUGAUGAGGAGAUUGACGCAUAUAAGUGUCACUUGGAGGAACACUACAAGCUGUGCAGGCCCUGUCAGGCAGCUGUGGACUACUACAUUAAAUAUCAGAACCGCCAGCUUAGGACCGUACUGCUCUGCAAUCAUCUUAGACGCACACAAGAGUCACUGAAGGGCAUCAUAAAGGGCUCCCUCUCUGCAUCCUGUCCUCUGGCGGUUGUACUGCUCCGAUGCCUCUCCUUCCUCAUUUGUGCUUUCCUGCUCGCCAUGCCUUACUCCGCCGACCGGCAGCCGUCAAGCAACGGGCAGAGUCCUCUCCAACCUGGUGCCCACAAUGUGUCCGCUGCCGACAGUGAUAGCGAAGGAGGUGCACGUGUGUGGCAGAGCCUGCUGGAGCUCCUGCCAGACACACUUGUAGAGUACGCCGAGCUCUCGUGGCUCUUCGGACAAGCCAAUCAGAUGGCAGUCGUUUGUGUCGGUCUGUCAUCGUGUCUCCUUGGUCUCUUAUUAGCAGGAGCCGGCAGGUUGAGGAGAAUCGACAUAGUGUCCUUGGUGCUGUGGUUCCUGGUUUUGUGUUGGCACCUGCUGGCAGCGUACGUCGAGGGUGACUCAUCCAGCUGGACCGCCGCACACGUCACCACAGUACUCUGUUGCCUCGUCAGCUUUGCCGCCGCUGUAGCGACGCGUAACCCUCUGAAUCAACGAAGAGGCAGAUAUCGAAGAAACCUCACAGAUUCCUCCAUGCGCUCCCUAAGCAAUCAGCCCGCUUUGCUCACUACCCAAAUGAUCCGCUCCUUCAUUCCCUCGCCUCCUCCAAACAUCUCCAAGCUCAUCAACCACCAAAAGACUCCCCCGAAACCCAAGGGCUCCCUGUCCUCUCUGCCAUGCCGUCUCAAGAACGCCCUCUGCCUUGGCACGGUCUCCACUUUCACGAGGACAGAUUCAGGCUACUUGUUCAGUGGAAGCAGACCAGCCUCAGUCUACAAAGAUUCCCCUCCCUCAGACUACUUUUCAAUGAAGUCGUGUAGUCGCCCAUCAUCGCCCGGGCUCUCGCCGACGCCCUCAGUGGACGGCUUUUCGACGUCCAGCGCUGGUUCGGACAGACAGACUCGCCCUCUCAUCAGCCCAGCUCGUCUCAACCUCGGCAGCCCCAAACAGAAGCUGUACUCCACCAAGGCCGAGUCCACUUUCAAGGCCCCGCUGGUGUCCUCAUCACACGUUCUCCACGCGGACCAGGCUUCCGUUUACAGUGGUCGCAUUUCACCAGACAUAGCCCUCUUCCCCAGCCAGAGUGAUUUGACUUACCUACAUGAAGACGACAGCGGUGUGAAGGAAAAAGCGAGCAGCUCGUCUGGGUCUUUAAGUUCUCUGGUUGACACGACAACAGCGUUGCCAGAGAACAGCUCCUCCUCCCAAAAUACGACACGGCGGGUUUGGAUGGUGCUUUUAUUGAUCAGCCUAAGCACCAACCUCCUGUUUGCCACGCUCUGGAUGUCCUACAACUGGAAAUUACCUGUGGACGCCUGCUCCUGGUCCAUGAGGUUGGCCCUAUUCGCUUAGAAAGACAAACGUGUCGGCUAUUGACGUGCAGAAUAACCAACACCGUGACUCUUGUUUUAAGAGUUGUGUGGCAGAUUGCAUGUGAGGGUGUGCUUGAAGAACAUGGACACCGGUGUUGUGACGUGCGAUAAUAAUGCUGUUCACUGGACACUUGUCAUGUGGACUGUAAUGCAAUACUUUGACAUAUUGCUCCCUAUGAUGGACUGCCACUUUUAAUGUUACAGAUUACAGCGACCGGGUUCAACGUUGUGGUCGCCGACUUGCGCCUAACAUCCACUACUCUGGUUUAAUUAUGAAUGCAGAAAUCUAAAAAAAAAAAAGGAAAAAGUGAUAGUGCAUAUUUAUUUGCAGUAGUGUUCCUCUGCCUAUUUGUGAUUCGCUACUCGCAGACUCACCUAUUUAUUUAGUUUUUUUUUAAAGGAAUCUAUUGUACAUUAUUUGAUGGAAAAUGCAACUUCGGUGUUUUUGUGCUCAGGCCAAAGCCUUGUCUAAAGUUAAAGUACUGUAUUGUUUCUUUUAACCAUCUUGUGACAUUUUGGAGCCAAGAAACUAUUUCUAAUUUAGCCAUUAUUAUUUUUUUAUUAUGCUGCCUAGGUUUUAUAUGGAUACAUGUCUCCCGUGCUGAAACAGCCAGCUUAACGUUCUAUUUUUAAAAAAGUUAUUGAUUUUAAAAUUUUAGGCAAUCCUUAUUGACAAAGCAAAUGUUGAUGGCUCAUUUAAAAUAUCUCUUUUUAUAACAGUAAAGACUAAUAGCUCCAUGAAAAUCUUAUGAGUUUUCACAAUUUAUGUGUUGCCCUUAAAACUCUGUGGGUACAAGUGCAUACAUAAUCAGAACUACUCAUUAAACCCAUUACACCCUUGUCUUUAUACAAUCGUAAUAACGGUAAAGACAUGCAAUAGUUCUGAGACUCUAACAAAUUCAUGCAUAUGUCUAUCUCAGAAAUAUUUUAUUUUGCUGUCUGCUAUUGUGCGAAUCCAACAUGGCUGCCUCAUCCUGGCACUUCAGCGCACAGAUCCCUCUGGCGUACUGCAACAACAUAAUGAGGCCUUCUCCAGUGGCAUUAACGAUAAAAGUAGCUUGCGUGACAAAGAAGGAUCGUUUGUAAAUAAACAAAAAAAAGAGACUGAAGACACUAAGAUGCUUUUGUCUUGGUUUUCAUGGGGAAAAAAAAGCAUAAUACGCAAUGGGAGAAAAUUCCUAUGUAUCCAAAAAUGGAAUUGGCAUAUUCAGAAAACCUGUUGCUAAUCAUUAAAAUCCAUUCGGGUCACCUAACAGUAAAUGCAUUUUGGCGUUAAAAGUCUGAAAAAAAUAUUACUUUAGAUUUUUUUUUUUUCCCCCUUUCUUCUUGGAAACAAUUAUGGCCUUGUGAUGGAUUAACACCUGCCAAUCAUUCAAAUGCUCAUAUCAGUGAAAUUAGAUUUUCAAAUCUCAGUGGGCCAUGUCUUUACCAUUAUUGAUCAAACUAUAUGGAAAUGACCCAUAUUUGAAACCUUGCAGGAGACGACUGACAUGAACAAAUUGCACACGACAGUCUUCUCAUCUGUUUUUCUAAAAAUGCAGCCACAAUUGAGACUGCCUCUUCCGCUGCAUGCUUCAUGAGCAUGCAGCGGAAGAACGUCUUAAGUCGCUCUAAAUGUAACCGUGACGUCGUGCAAAGUAUCGUUAAGAAGAAUCGAUCACAUUGGAGGUGUACAAUUCCGAGACGGAAUCUGUAAGUUGGAUCUGGUUCUUGAAUCUCUUUCCUACAAGGAACUAUGUUGAAGUGAGAGGAAGCCAUUCAUUUAGACAGGUCUUAGCACUGUCUAAUAGAAAAGUAGUGCUUUGCCACCAUCUAGGUAAUUUUAAACCUUUUGGGGGGGGGGCAUCAAUUACGCUUAGUUUCGCUAUUCACUGGUGCUUAGUUCCUAUCCCCAUGAGCGGGGCAACACUAUAUUUGACUAAACUAGCAAGUGUUGUCAUGCACCAGUCAGCUGCAAUAAAUGUCGAGUGCAAGGAUCUCUGGUUUGUAUUUAUUUGACACCCGUUUAUGCAUGGGAAUGAGCAAGAGUUGGCUGUCUUCAAAGUGAUCGAAACACAAAACAAAAGUUGAAAUAACUUCAAACCACCGAUGCUGAAUUAUGAAUGAAUUUGCUCUUCAUUGUUUUAUUUUCUUGAACAAAAGUAAUGACUUGGAUUGUAAUGACUGUAAUACAAGUUGUGGAUGUGAAUAAUGGAGAUUCAACACUAUUUCAACCUUUAAAUAUCAAUGUAUCCCUGUGUCCAUUUCUUCCCAGAAGUUUGCUUUGGUUUCUGUCAUUUCCAGAUAGAAAUGUAUUGGUGACCUUUUACUGCAAGGAGCCGAAUCAUGUUACAAUGAUUUUUAAUUAUAUUCAUUUACAUUUUUGUUGUUGACUCUUGGAUUUUUGUAUAUUUGUUGUAUGAGUUUUUUUUUUCUUUUUUAAAUCUGUGUGAGAAAAGUGGAUCAUUAGUUUUAC